AUGUUGACCUACCGCAACGACGUCUUCAUCGCCGUCCUAGCCUUCUACAUCUGCACGGCAGUCUUCUCAGCAAUCCGACUCAUCCAACAUGGACUCAAGAAAACAGCUAGCGAGCGCCUUCUUCUCGUAUUCAGUAUCGGUAGAAUUCUUUGUGCUGGGUUUCAGCUAGCGACCAUCGACUACCCUACAAACACAUCCAUCUGGGCAGGAUACGUCACGACCUUCUCAAUCUGCGUGUCCCUGUUGUUGUCAGCCUCGCUCGUACUCCUUCGGAGACUUGCACAACGCGCAGGCACCGAUUUCCCUCAGAUUCGUGGUCGCGACUCGAUGAGAUUCUGCCAACUUCUGAUUACCAUCGGUCUCAUCCUCGGAAUCGUAGGCGGCAUCAGAGCCGAUAACAGCUGGGGCUCGACGGGUUCAUACCAGCCCGACAGCAUUCAGAAAGCCAGUAUCGGCAUCUUCAUUGCCUCGUGGGCACUGGUGGUCUUCAUGACCAUCCACACACUCGGCAAAGCACAUGGCGCAUCCUCCUACACACAAAAGAUUGCUGUUGGAGUUUUCGCAAUCAGCUUGCCUUUACUGGCUGUACGCAUUGCUUACUCUGCUGUCUCCAUCUUCGCCCAUCCCGCGUCCUUCAGCUCCAUCAAUGGUAGCGUGACUAUCAUGCUGUGCAUGGCAUUGAUCGAAGAGGCUAUCGUCGUCUUGAUGUACGAGGUACUGGGCUUCGUUACGCUCGAGAUGGAAUGCAGAGAACCAUCGGUCAGCAGCGAGUUUGACCAGCUCUCCACAGCAGAGACUGGUGUUUAUGUUAAGAAGUGA